ACAAGAAAGAUAGAGAACGACUUGUGGAAGAGGUGCUUAUGUAAAUCUUUCUACUUGGAAUACAGUUGUGUUUGUUUAUAAUCCAUAAUGGGAGACAACACUGCACUCUGCUACAAACCAUUCAAACAGCGAAAGAGUUUUGUGAGUAGAAGGGAUGAAGUUGCCGGAAUAAGAGCGAAGUUCCCUUCGAAAGUUCCCGUUAUCGUAGAGCGAUAUCACAAGGAAAGAGAUCUCCCUCUCCUGGACAAAACAAAGUUUUUAGUACCUCAAGAGUUAACCAUGAGUCAGUUCGUCACGAUUAUUCGGAAUCGCAUGUCAUUAUCAUCUACACAAGCUUUUUAUCUCAUUGUCAACAACAAAAGUUUAGCAAGUAUGUCAAUGACUAUGCAGGAAUUAUACAGAGAAGAAAAAGAUGAAGAUGGCUUUCUUUACAUGGUCUAUGCUUCCCAGGAAAUGUUUGGAUCCAGUAGGUAGAGAAUUGUACAGGAUAAUAAUUAUUUGCUUUAGUAAUUACCCCUGUUAUUUAUAGCUCUCAAAACUAUACAUCUCAAAUGGUUACUAGAUCCAAGCCCUAUCUAGCUGGCGAAAGCAAGAGUUUGUUAUAUGUUAACUUGAGCUGAGCUUUCAGAUGCAUGUCACAAAGGAAUAUGACCCAACUUCAAUUCAUGGACAAUGAAAAUCUUUAGAGGCAUUUUAGCUUUGCCUAGCUAUAGGUUUGUUAUUAUUUAAGUGAUAAUCUCAAGAUGUCAUAGAACUUAGACUUUUCAUAUAUCAAACACCUAUUGCAAGUUUCUAUUGAUUUUAUCCAUAGCAACCCCUGCAGUAAUGAUAAAGGCAAAUACUGUCAGAUAUUAUCAAGACGUUAUCAUAGCAGUGACCUCAACACAUACACUUAUUUGUAAAAUCGUUGUCUAGUUCAAAACAUAGAAUUUAGAAACUGUGACCGAAAGGUAUACUGGAAAAUGACAUAUUAUCUUCCGAUGUAUUCACUUGAGAUUCACAGAUGCUGUCAGUGUAAAAAAGUAUCAACAUUCCACAAGUUGUAUCCAUAAAUAAUAUACUGUCCUUGUACCAACAAUGAUUUUGCAAUUGAGUGUAUGUUAUUCAAAUUUCUUUUCUUGCUGAUGAUGUCUCAGAAAUGGAAAGAACCUUGUACUCUGCUGCACUUAAGCGCAAAUUUAAUCAAAGUAAAAUCACAUUUCAAGAAGUAAAUUUUGACAAAUUAGAUUUUAUUUACUCGGACAUUGCUGAGAAAUGAUUUAUAUGCUUGUAGCUAGAUUAGUGUACACAGGAAUUAUGCACGUGUCAUUAUUAAUCAUAAUUACUCCUGUCCCAUCUUACUAUCAAUCCAAUGACAACUUCCAAGGUGAAAUAAAAUCUUAAAAGAUUUAAUGAACUCCCUGGAGAAUGACUGCUUUUAAUAUUCACCUAAACAAUAAAAAAAGAUUAUGCAACUGA